CCGCCAAUCAGCUGUUGCGCUUAAACUUUCACUUCUGGUGGCGGGUUGCUUUUGGUUAGCAUUCUGUUUUGUUUGGGCCAAGCCGUUGGGCAGUUACGCCAAGCUACUACAGUUAUGUUGAAGUAAUAUCAAGCAAAAAGUUUUGUACACGCACGCAAUCACGGCCGCAAACAUGGCCACCCUACGGAAUCGCCUCCAGACCACAGAAACCUCAAAAGGAGAGCCGGAAACAAUCUCUCAGCAGAUCAGCAACAACAAUAACGAUGGCAAGCAACAGGGCAAGAAGAGUGGCGAACCAAAGGAAAAGAGUGAUCCCAUGAUUUACAUUAUAUUCGUCUCGCUGCUGUUUGAUUUGUUGGCAUUUACCAUCAUUCUGCCGCUGCUUCCCUCGCUGCUGGAGUAUUAUCGCGUCAACGAUAGUUCCGGUUUGUACAAUGUGCUGACGGAGCGAGUACGUUGGUUCCAGCAGCUGCUGGGCGCUCCCGAGCGCUAUAUAUCGGUGCUUUUUGGCGGAUUCCUGGGCUCCAUGUACAGUUUCUUGCAAUUUCUGGCCAGUCCGAUUGUGGGUGGCCUCUCGGAUUACUAUGGACGCAAACCCGUUCUACUUGUGUGUGCGUCUGGCAUUGCGCUCUCGUACCUCUUGUGGGCCUGCUCCGGCAACUUUGCUCUGUUCGUCCUGGCUCGCUUCGUUGGUGGCAUCAGCAAGGGCAACAUUUCGCUCUGCAUGUCCGUCAUCACGGAUGUGUCCAGCGUAAAGACCCGGGGCCGCGGCAUGGCUCUGGUUGGUGUGGCCUUCUCCUUGGGUUUCAUUGUGGGACCCAUGAUUGGUGCCAUGUUUGCCAUAUUCUCAAAUAAAUCUGCAAGUGGUGGCGCUUGGUUUGUGCUUCCCUCCCUGCUGGCUCUCGGCCUGGCACUGGGCGACCUUCUGGUGCUCACAUGCUGCCUGCGCGAGACGCUGCCCAAGGAGAAACGUGUUAAGGAGAUCUCAUCCGCCCUGUCCUAUGGCCUGCAAUUGCUCAACGUCUCAUCCAUAUUUAGAUUUGCUGCCAUCAAAAAUGUGCCAAAAAAGGAUAAGGAAUCGCUUCAAACCAUUGGCAUGAUUUACUUUUUAUAUUUGUUCUUGUAUUCGGGCUUGGAAUUCACCGUCACAUUCCUGAUGUAUCAUAAAUUUGGUUACACGUCCAUGGAUCAAGCCAAGAUGUUUCUUACCACAGGUGUUAUUAUGACUCUGAUUCAAGGAUCAGUGGUGCGUCGUCUGCCCGAUGCCAAAAUCAAGAGUUAUGCCAUCUUUAGUCUGUAUCUUAUUGUGCCCGCUUUUGUUUUGGUGGGCCUAGCCGAGGGCAGUCCCAUGCUCUAUGCCGGCAUGAUUCUUUUCGCAAUCUCCACAGCCUUCGCGGUCACCUGCCUGACCACCUUGGUGUCCAAAUACGGCAACGAUGACCAAAAGGGUUCAGUAUUGGGCAUAUUCCGUUCGCUGGGAGCCUUAGCUCGUGCACUUGGGCCUGUUGUGGGCUCCAUAGCCUUUUGGUGUGUGGGCUCAAAGAUCACAUACAUAGCAGGUGGAAUCCUGUUAAUUUAUCCAGCCAUAGCUUUGCAGCGGGCUCGCAUUUAAGUGCAAUACGAACAAAGUUACACAUGCAUUCUAGAGAUUAACGCUAAGCGCAAGAAUGAAUUGCACAUUAUAUACUUAAUUUAUUUUUUCUAUGCAACAAGUAUUUUAUAUUAAAA